GUCGCGUCGCAGUAUCCUCAAGCACACGACAGGCUAUUCACCCUUGCAAUGUCUCCAGCCGAUGGAUUUCAAUUUCAGUCCUUGUCCCCAUGCCGUCAGUUGUUUCACGAGCAGCGCGUCAAUGUGCUUUCAGGGGUACACAAGCUAUCAUCCUAAGGUCGAUUGUGCCCGUCACGUGGAUGCGAUAUGUUCACUCCUCGUGGACUGGACCAUUAAGAUUUCGUAGACGCAGCAGCAAUUAUCAACUCUAUAUUGGAUUGCCCACACGAGACAAAAGUUCGUUAUCGAUUAAUCGAAGCCAGUCCGGACACGGUCCAGCCGAAACGCCAUCACCGUGCGCUCGCCUGGCCAUCUUUCACGACGCGUCUAUAUCGCUGUCGCGCGUCCGUCGGCCCUACCGCUCCACUUUGGUUACGAACGUGUUUGCUCUCGCGUUAGCUGCGUCGAUUGCUGCACAAAGUUUUUCUUUUCACCUCCAUCUGGAUAUUGGCGUACGACUGUGGGUCCAUUCGAUCGCUGCCCAAGAACGCGUAGUACAUCAAGAUCUCGGUACGCGUUGAGUGCCUGCGUGUAGAUUGCUCUUGGAGUAUUCACUUCAUUUCACGUAGUCGUGAGCUUUGCCAUGACUGAAUUGUAUGACAUUAGAGCAGCAGCAAGUGUGAAAGAUUUCGUCUCAGCGCGUAGAUAUUACCAAUGAUUGCAGAUUAAUGUGGAAUUGGCUGCAGUGCAGAGGGGCUGGCAGGGCGGAGAAAUCCAAGUUAAAGUGGCAGCCGAGGACAGAAUGUAUGUCAUAGGCGUAAUAAUUGUGCUCGUGCACAGAGGCUGGGAAACGGAUGUGGCCGACGUGACUGAACUUUGGGAUAUGUAUAGCGGAGAAGCGCUGCAAAAGCCCAGAAAAGAACGCAAUCGGAUUAGCUGAG